AUGAUUGCUAGGUCCAUCUCUCGGUCUGCCAGUCCAUUGGCUCGUUCCGCCGUCGGCCCCUCGCUCGCUCGUCUUGCUGCUCGACGAUACGCUUCCAACUCGCCGCUUCCUUUGCCGAACAAGUCCGACGCUCCUUGGGCAAUCGCAUCCGUCAUCACUUUUGGUAGUCUCUUUGUCUACCUCACCGCUCCUGGUAGCGACAAGCACGACCACGGUCACCACGCUUCCAAACACCAUGACGCCGAGGAGGACCAGGAAUCCGAGCGUGAGCCUCCCAAGGAACCACAAGAACUUCUCGACGGCAGCAUCGAGCACCCCGAAGGCUUCGUCGAGGUGAAGCGCCCUGAGAUGCGCCACGACGCACCUGAGGGUGACAAGCAUCUCGAAUCCAACAAGAUUCCUGACGAGCACGCUUUCGAGAAGCAGGCCAAGGUCAAGCGUGAACGCUCGCUUCCUCACGACGACACUACCUUCAAGCACGGCGUUGCUGCUGCCAAGGACGGCAACCCUGUUUCCGAUCCCAAGUCCGUCGUCGCAGCCGCUAAGAUCGCCAAAGAGGAGAAGGCCACCGCCAAGGCUGAGGCUGCCACCGCCAACGAGCCAUCAUCCGACGACGAGUAG